AUGUCAGAUAUCCACCUGUACACUUCCCAGACGCCGAACGGCAUCAAGGUCUCGAUCCUCCUCGAGGAGUUGGGGUUGAAGUAUAAGGUCACCAACAUCGAGCUUAGCAAGAACACUCAAAAGGAGCCGUGGUUCUUGGAGAUUAACCCGAACGGCCGAAUCCCCGCACUCACCGAUACCUUCACCGAUGGCAAGCUCAUCAGACUGUUCGAGAGCGGCUCGAUCAUGCAGUACCUGACCGACAGGUACGACACGGAACACAAAGUAUCCUAUCCGAAAGGAUCUAGGGAAUACUAUGAAGUGAACAACUGGCUCAUGUGGCAAAUGGGUGGCCUUGGCUACGCUCCGGAGAAGAUCGAAUACGGUAUCAACCGGUAUAAGAACGAAACUCGCCGCCUCUAUAGGACGCUGGAGACCCAGCUCAAUGCCUCCAAAUCCGGCUACUUGGUGGGCGACCGCUGCACGAGUGCCGACAUCGCGUCCUGGGGAUGGGUUGCAGGGGCUCGAUGGGCUGGGGUCGAUAUCGAAGAGUUUCCACUGCUGAAACAGUGGGUUGAGAGGAUGUUGAAGCGCCCUGGGGUCGAGAAGGGACGCAAUGUGCCGUCGUCGCACCCUUACGAGUCGCACCAGGGCCUUACCGAGGAGGAGUUGGACGAGAAGGCCGCAGUGGGGAGGAAGUGGAUACAAGCAUCGAUGAAAGAGGACGCGAAGUAA